AUGAUAGACCCUGGAGUUCAUUUCAUCUGUGGACUGUCAGAUGUGAACGCUGUGAUUGGGGAGUCAGCAGAGAUCAUGUGCAAGCUCAGCAGAGAAGACUGUGAGGGAGCCUGGUUCCGAGAUGGACAAAAGCCAAUAAAGAUUCACUGGUAUAAAGAGGAAGAUGAGCUCCAGGACGACACCAACAUAAAGAUUGAGAGGUCCUCGAGGCAAAGUCGUCUGCUUCUGAUCAGGUGUCAAAGAAAAGACACAGGUGAAAUCAAGAUCAAACUGAAAAAUGAAGAUGGCGUUACUGAGGCUAUUUCGCAGCUGAUUGUGCUUGAUAAACCCACCUGCCCUCUUGGUCCUGCUGAUGUCAUUGAGAGUUCACCAGUAUGUAUUGAAUUUAAGUGGAGGCCCCCCAAAGAUGAUGGUGGCUCACCGGUAUCCAGCUACACACUGGAGCGUCAGCAGGUGGGUCGAAACACGUGGAAGAAGUUGGGAGAAGUGGCGGGAGUCCCCUGCUAUAGGGACACAGACGUGGAACAUGGGAGGAAAUACUGCUACCGCAUUCGUGCUGUGACAGCAGAGGGUAUCAGCGACCUGAUGGAGACAGAUGACAUGCAAGCCGGGACUUUAGGUUUCGAGUAUGAGUUCAGAGUCGCAUGUGUAAACCUUUCUGGACCUGGGGAAUCCAGCAACCCCUCUGAGUUUGUGUGUGCACGAGAUCCCAAAAAUGACCCAAAGUCCCCAGGCCCAGUGGAGUUGGAGGAAAAUGUCCCAGGAACAGUGACAAUACUCUGGGAACCUUCACUUGACGAAAAGCGAGAUGACCGCCUUCACUACACUGUUUCCAAACUGGACAGCACCAAAAACACUUGGAGCACUGUGGCCGAUCGCCUUUUCAAUCAUAGGUUCACAGUCUGUAACAUCAUGGAGGGGAGAGAGUACCACUUCAGGGUGUAUGCCAAGAACGACAUGGGCAUUUCUGCACCCUCAGAAUCACCUAUCUGGGGACGAGAGAAGAAGAGAGCUCAGAGAUCUCUGUCUGGGAUCUGCUCUAUCAGCGUGAGGCCUCCCUCUCCACCUCUGCUGCCUUUCUACAAUGCUUUGUUUGAAGCUGUCUGCUCUCUGCUAACACAUCCAGUCAAAGCCUGA